UCGGAUAGGUCCCGGUCGGAUAUGCACAUGGAGCCAGCCAACAGCGUUUGCAUGGUUGGGAUGUACCCGCGGGCCCUGUUCCUGUGAUAGCUACGCAUCAAGCGUGAACACAGUUAAAUGUUUCAUGUCAGUUAAUGCAAGGCAUACGCAAAUUCAUUAUGCUCAGAUACCUACCUUUAGCACGAAUACUGGGCACCAUGAACGUGUUGCGCACUGGGCCUGUAACAUUUGAAGUGCGUGCCACGAUUCUUUCAGCACUGAAAGGCAGCCUCUACAGCACAUCCUCCAGCCAUGCGAUGAAAGAGCAAGAAACGGCAGUAGAUGAAGACAUGCCAGACUUCAACAUGGAAAACCCAUUUAAAAGGGAGCCUCGCCAGUGCAUUCUCUGCAAGCAUAACGUAGAAGUUGACUACAAGAAUGUGAAGCUUCUCAGCCAGUUUGUAUCGCCGUAUACUGGAAAACUUUAUGAGAAACACAUCACUGGGCUGUGUGAAGGGCAGCAAGUUAAAGUCAAGAGAGAAAUCAUGAAGGCAAAAAAAUGUGGUAUGAUGCCACAUUACCUGAAAAUGUCGAAGUUCUUUAAGGAUCCUAAAUUGUUUAAUGCAUUCAAGCCAACUAGACCCAACCCGCACUGAUCACCGACUGCAGUGUAAAAACUAAAGUGUAGAAGUGAAGUUAUAAUAAACAGUACAAUUUAUGGAGUACAAACAC